AUGACGGAUUCCGCUCAGGAUCGUCCUCCUACUGAUACUACAUCCGUGAAGCGUAAACCGCCAAAGCUGCGUCGCAAACCGCCGCCUGCCGAAGAAGCUGCGCCUGCUGAGAAAACAGCCACAGACACUGAGAAGAAGACAUCGCCCGCGGAAGAUUCCCCUGCUGAGAAUUCUGCUGAGAAACCUGCUGAGAAACCCGCUUCGGCCGAAGAGCCUUCUUCUUCCACCGCCACCGAGAAACAGCCCGAAUCGGAGACUCCGGUACCUGCGCAGGAGAACUCAUCCGGAGAGCCACCACCUCCUCCCACCGAGCAGCCUCCCCCUACAGAACAAUCACCAGCGGAGAACUCCGACGAACCCGAGCAGCAAACGAACCCAUCACCACCAAACGACCCGUCCACCCCCGACGCAAUGGCCGAGGAAAAUCCCCGCCCAGCCGAGUCCCCCCCCGCCUCCUCCUUUAACGACGACGACGACGCCUCCAGUUCCCCGCAGCCCCAACCCCAGCGCCAACCGCGCCGUCGAGCCCACCCCCCCGUCCGCGACCCCUCCACCGCCUCGAGCUACCGUCAGCAGCGCCGCCGCAACCAGCGCGGAGGGAACCAGGAACUCGGGCCGCUCGGGGGGUUAGAUCCAGGUAAUUUGACGCAGGGGGCGGGUCAACUCGUCCAGAACACCGCGGGAAAAGCCGUGAGCUCGGUGGGGGAUACGGCGGGAAAAGCGCUGGGAGGGGUGCUGGGGGGCGGGCAGGUCCAGGGACAGGGCCAGGGGCAGGAGAAAGGGGGGAAGGAGGAGCAGUUGCGGUUGCGGUUGGAUUUGAAUCUGGAUGUGGAGGUGCAGUUGAAGGCGAAAAUUCAUGGGGAUUUAACGUUGCAGCUUCUGAAUUGAAAUGGUGAGGGAGAUGUGUGUGUGUGUGUGUGCUUUGGUAGUGGGUGAUAUUGGGGAAAUUGGAUCAAUUGGAG